AUGCAUUUAUUAAAAAUUCCUGAUGAAUUUCCUGCAAUUCAAUCAUCAACGUAUCAGAAUCAAGAAACAGAACAGUCAACGAAGAAAGAGAUGAAAGAAGAAUCAUCUAAAGAAAAAUUACAUUCAUCUAAUAAAGAGAUUAUUAAGACAGACAAUUUCAAUUAUUUAUCAAAGUCAGUAUUGAAAAGUUAUGAAAAUUUAGAUAAUCAUACAUCAAUUGAGAAUCAAUCCAGUUUAACAUAUUCUACAAAUAUUAGCUAUAAAACUGACUCUAGUUCAGUAUCUAAGUUAAUGACAGCGGUCGCUUCAUCAAAAUGUUGUCAAGUAUCAUCUCUCUCUUCGUCAAAAUCAAAAACCAACAUGAUUUUUAAUCAGUCUAUUAAGCCAAAUCAAUCAGCCGAGAUAGAUAAAGAUUCUUUCGAAACUUUGAUGGAUAAUAAUCGUGAGGAAAAUGAAUUGAAGGAGUUAGGUGAAUUGAAUGAUCGAUUUAAACAAGAUUCUGAUGUAAUUGACAAUAAUGAGAAAGAUAAAACCUCUCCUAACUUGGAGUCAAAUGUCUUAUAUUCUUCGAAAACAAAUGAUACUGAGAAGAAUCCUUUAAACAAACUUUCCAUUGAUACUUCAGUAAACAACAAUAAUGAUAUAGAGACUAAAUCAAUGAACUUAACGAUAAUAGAACAGCUUCGAUCUAACGAUAAUGAAUCGAUCGAUCACAUGAUCGAUGAAAAGAAAUCUAAAAUUUCGCAAACUACAUCGGAUUUAAGAUCGUGUUGCGAUGCUUUUACUAACAUCGAUGAUAUCAAAUCUAAUUAUGUUCCUACCAAAGUUCUUUCACAAGAUCAAUCGGUACUAUUACCAAUUCAAAUGAUUUCAACCCUAACGAAUGAACAUUCCUAUAAAGUAAUGAAAAAUAAUGCUACUACUAAUCUAAAUAUAAAUUUAAUGAGCAAUUCUGAUGAAACUGAUACUAUUGUAAACAUUGAAUCAAAAUUAAUAGGAACGAGCGAUGAAGAAAAUUUAAAUCAUAAUGAUAGAUGGGUAAUGGAAACCGUAGAGUUAUAUUGUGAACAACCCAACGAUAAUCUAUCGAAAACAGUAGACAAAGAUCAGAAAGAAAAUACUGAUCUUCCUAAUGAUCGAUGGGUUGCGGAAACUGUAGAGUUAUAUUGUGAACAACCUAACGAUGAAAAUGAAUGUGAAGAAGAUAAAAUUAAAUUGAACAAAUCAUACGAAUUGUUAUCAAAAAUAAAUAAUAGCAAUGAUAACAUUGAAAGAUCUACGUUAUCCGAAUCGUUUAACCAAUUAAACGGUAUCAAAGAACAAUUGCAAAGCGUUGAUAUACAAUUGAAUAAAUUACAGGCUACCGCAAUUCAAGCUAACGAUAUAUUUUAUCGAAUUGAAAAAACUACUACCCCACAUGAUUUUAAUUUUAAAGAAAUGACUGUAUCGUCGAAUGAUUUAUCAAAAUCAUCAAAUGAAAAACAAGUAAAGAACGACGAUAGAUCUUCUUAUGAAGAUUUACAUAAAUCUAUAAUAGAAGCCUCGUUAUCUUCUUGUCAUUCUUUCAAACGAUCAUCGAAUAUUUCAGAAGAACUACUUAAUACAGAUCUCAAUAAAAUGAGUGAUAACGUGGAUACAUUGCAAACGAUUUCUCGUUAUUCGACAAAUUCCUACGAAACUGUUAGAAUUUCUGAAGAUAAUUCGCAUGAUAAUCAAUCAAAAGAAUGUAAAGAAAGGUUUUCAACAAAAUCUGAUUCGUUAUCCGAAGAUUCUUUAGAAAAAUUCGUUGAAAAAGGAGAAUCUAUUGAACGUGAUAAACAAUUAUCCUGUGAAUAUUUUAAUGAGAAUUGUAAUCAUUUUUACAACAAUCUCAAUGAUUUCAACGACAAAGUCGAGGAUACUUUGGAUAUGAAAAUUAAAUCAUUUUCUAUCGAGAAUAUCUUUUGUGAAUCUAAGCCAACUGAUUAUUCAUUAUCAAAUGAUGACUCUGACGAGACCAAUAGUUUCGUCUUUGUUUCAAUCAGUAAUUCAAACAACACGGAAGAGAAAGAAGUGAAAAUAAUAUCAGAAGAAUCUCAACAUUCCGUUUUUUUCAACACUAAUAAUUCCACAGGAGCAGUAUCAAGUGUUUUGAAUAUAAGAAAUCAAGGUUUACAAAUGAUUAAAUACUAUAAAAAAGAGAUUUCAUCUCCGAAUCUUCAGAACGAAGAAGAAGAAUCUAAUGAUUUUCACGAUUUAGCUAUAACUAGAGAAGGAUUACUUCUUUUGAUCUAUUUUACUGUGUGUUCCUUUGUAUAUUUUUGUUUGAAUUUUUCUAUUACUUGCGAGACGUUUAUGAAGUAA